GUGAAUGGAAAAGCUGUAGUGUCUAUUAUUACUUUUAUAUUACACGAAACUACAAUAAUUGAAACAGGAAUUACAACGAGUUUGAGUGAUACCCUGUUAUUCAAUCGAGUUCAAGGUGAUUCGUUUGCCGAUCAUUCUGUCAAUCUGGGUAGUCAUUAUUUGACGGAUUUGGGCGGCAAAAGCCCUAAAGCAGGAAACCUAGCAGUGCCAGCAGUUUACGGCGGUGGUACUCCCCAGCACCCAACGAGUGGUUUUCCUCAUCCGGAUUGUGCAUCAAACUCUUUUAACCUGGCGGCGUUUAGAUCACCCGGUUUACUGGGAACGCAUGGAUUUAAUUUUGGGAACAACUUCGGUUUUCGAGAUCCAUCUGUCUUUGAUCCGACCAACGUGCAUCAAGGUCCAAUUCAACAGCACUUACCUCAGUCAAACGGAAAUACCUUGUUGAACCUUGCACAGGGGUUUCGAAAUAACAAUGACACAAGCCCUGUGAAUUUGUACCUUGGGAAUUCAAGCCCAUCCAGGGAUACAAACUUGGACACAUAUUGUUAUCAGAAGAAAGAUUAUCCCGACAGCCAGGAAAAUCUUAGUUUCAACGAGCAGAACAAAGACGAUGAGGUUAACAUUCUGAGUCGUGAAAAUAGUCCAAACGGGAGGAUAAAUUACAACUCAGACAGCUCGGAUAUCCGGGACAAACGUCAAGACACUUGCAGUCCUGUUGACAGUUCGCGGUCCUAUUCUAGUCAAACUAAGGACGACCUCACUGGCUACCACAGUCCUCACAACGAUAGCGCCGGGUCCCGUAGUCCUGAAAAUUUAUCCCAUCUUGGUGUCAAUAAUCCUGCCAUUGUACCCGUCGGUGGCGGAUACAAUCCGAACAAUCCCAACUGUUCCAACAACAACAACUUACUCAACAAUAACCACCUGAAGACCAAAUCGCAUACGAUCUCCGACAUGUUGGAUCACAAACUGCAGUUGAGUUUUCUGGGACCGCCCCUCGCCGCACUCCACUCGAUGACGGAGAUGAAAGCACAGCAGAGCGGCAGUCCGGUACAAACGACACCGCCGCAAACCCAAACCCACCAAGCGGCCGGAAUGCCCGGAGGCGGUGGAGCUCCUAAUCCGCACGGGAUCGAUACGAUACUAUCGCGGCCGCCGCCGGUAACCAGUGCCCAAUUGAAUGCCUUAGGAGGUGGAAUGCCUCGUUUCUCGGCAGCUGUGGCUGCCGCUGCCAAUAUGGCUCAGUAUCUGUCCCAAAGCCAUGGAGCCCCACUGAAGGCACACUCGGGUCCCUUGGUGGACCGAACGCAUCUCUAUUGGCCCGGUCUGCAAGGGCUUGUUACUAACCCUAUUGCGUGGCGGGAACGACUCGGUUCAAUGUCAGCUAGUCUAUCACAAUCACAUCACAACCAGGAUAAGGAUGGCAAAAAGAAACACACCAGGCCGACCUUCAGCGGGCAGCAAAUCUUCGCACUGGAAAAGACCUUCGAGCAAACCAAGUAUCUGGCCGGACCGGAACGGGCGAAACUGGCUUAUGCGCUGGGGAUGACCGAGUCUCAAGUUAAGGUGUGGUUCCAGAACCGGCGUACCAAAUGGCGCAAAAAGCAUGCGGCUGAAAUGGCCACCGCCAAGCGGAAACAGGAGGAGCUGGGCGACGGUGAUGGAGACUGCAGCGAGCCAAUGGACUCGGAUUCGGAAAGUUUGGACCUAGUGGACACAGGAAGCAGUAGUCGGAAGCGUUGCCGAAUGGAGGAAGAUAUGCGGCAUUAGUAUUGUAGGGCUGCUGAGUGAAUUUGUUGAGUUUAAUAUUUAUUGUGCAGGGUCGUAUGUUAGCAUUUUUGUAUCAUGUGUCCGUGUAAGCGCAGGUAACCCACAUUUUGGUUAAUCGAAAAUUUCUUUGUUCGCACAAUGCUUUCACUCAAAUAAAUUGAAUUACAGAUGACACUAUGAUACAAAAAAGUACACUACUGAUCUGCCGAAUGCAUUGUAUAAAAUGAAAAUUUCAUUAAAUCGUAUAAACCCAAUAACUAAAACGUAUUUUUGACGAGUCUAAAAAUUGAAAGUUGAAAAUUAAGAACAAAAAUCGAAUUUACUAUACAUUAAUUUAAAUAAUGAUAAUUUAGAUGCGAAUAUGUCAUAGAACGGGAAGAGUGAUAGAGUGAGAAAGCGUGAUUGAGGAUGAGAAAUGUGAUCCAUAGUAACUAUCAUUGUAUUUAGAGUGUGAUAUUUUCUCGAAAGCGAACACCGUUGGCAGUCAUGAAGGAAGUCUGCUUGCAUAUUCAAUAAUAGUGAAAAGACUUUACAUUCCAGUUUCAGUUAAGUAAAACAUUAUUUAUUGACCACUGAAUAUUUGUGUAUAGACGACCGUUGCGUAAGAUCUAACAGGAGUUAUGUAAAAAAAUGAUUUCACAGCAUAACGUGGCUGAACGUUAUGAUUCGCAAUAAGCAGUGUGAAAUGUUUGAAUUCUCAGUAUUUAAAUAAAUUUCCUUAUGUCAUAGCAAUUGAUAUCUAAUUAUUAGUACUUUAUGAUAAAAUCAAAAUCUAACGCAAACCAUCUGUAAAA